GUAAUGACAAUAAAAAGAUCUGGCUUUUUCAUCAAGAUAUAAAGAAAAAACUGUCGAACCUGGUCGACAUCUUGAGAUGGUGUUCUCUCCAUGAGCUCGACGUCAUCCCGGGUAGUGGGGUCUUGAUACGAGUCCAUCGCGGGGGUGGAUUCUUGACUCAGCACCACAGCUACCCCGCAGACAACGACGACUUCAAUGCUCAAAAAGGGGCCUUUAAUUCUGAAAGAAAUCCUAUCUGAAAGGUAUUCCGAAAGAACCAAACUUUCCAUCAGUCUUAAACACUACUCUCACAAUGACCGAAAAGCAAUUCAACGUUGGCAUCGUCGGCUAUGGCCUCUCCGCCAAAGUCUUUCACAUCCCUUUCAUCCAACUCACCCCCUCCCUCAAGCUUCACUCUAUCGUCCAGCGCACUCCCAAGCCAGGCAACUCCGCCCCAGAAGACUACCCUGACCUCAAGCACUACACCGCUACCGAGGAUCUCAUCGCCGACCCAGACGUCGACGUGGUGGUCCUCUGCACCCCACCAAACACCCACUACCCCCUGACCCGCUCAGCACUGCUCAACAACAAGCAUGUCCUUGUCGAGAAGCCGUUUGUUCCCACCUCAGGCGAGGCGGAUGAGUUGACUGCUUUGGCGAGACAGCAAAAGCGGGUGCUUUGCGUCUAUCAGAACCGGCGAUGGGAUUCGGACUUUCUUACUGUUCAGAAUCUCCUCAAGGAGGACAAGCUGGGAAGAAUUGUCGAGUUCGAGACGCACUUUGACAGAUUACGAUUGACGGCUCUGGCGAAGGGUUCGACGUGGAAGGCGGGGCUCAAGAUGGACGAGGCGGGAGGGGUGUUGUAUGAUCUUGGCUCCCACUUGUUGGAUCAGGUGUUUGUGUUGUUUGGUAUGCCUGAUGGCGUGACAGGGAGAUUCGUCAACCAGAGAGAAGGGAGGCUUGUCACUGGGGAUGGGACCGAUGAGCAGGAGCCGGAUAGUGUGACUGCUAUCCUGAGCUAUAAGAACAAGGGGUUGUUGGUCUUUGUUCGUGCCGGCGUCGCCUGUGUCGAGACCAGACAGAUGCGGUUCUGGGUCCGGGGUACCAAAGGCAGUUAUCAUAAGAGCGGGUUGGAUCCUCAGGAGGAUCAUCUCCGAGCCGGUGGCAAGGCGACUGACACCGACUUCGGCAAGGAAUCGGAGGACAGAUUCGGGAGGUUGUGUAUCGUCGGCGGUGACGGGAAGGUGGAAGACCAGGUUUGCCCUACUGUAGAGCCGGAGACAUAUGUCAGGUUCUAUCACCUGUUUGCGAAGGCUGUUGCAAGCGGAAAGGAGGAAGGUGUACCAGUGCCUGCAUCACAGGCGGCGCAGGUUCUGCGAAUAAUCGAGGCAGUACGAGAGAGUGCGAAGACUGGGAGCGAGGUCGCCCCGCAAGCCUAGUCCUUCGAUCAGUCGAAGACCAGAAAGGAGUAAAUGCCAGGUUGUCUCAACAGAAGCCCCUGGCGUACUCGGGCUAGGGUUUUAGAUACCGACGAAAGACCCGCCCUGCCGGCUGACCACAACAUCAUCAGCCAAAGCCAGAUCGGCAUUACACCCACUGAAUUUUACCAGCUCCUUGCGGCAUCUUUCAAUUGCUAUGGUUUGCCAUUUCAUCACGCUCUUGUAUAACAGGACAACAGACCUUCCUUUUUUUACGUCCUCGAACAAUUCCUGAAUCAGCCUCGCUCUAUUGGCCGUCUCAUCGUGCUUUCGUCGCUUGGCAGCCUCGUGGUAUCUCUUGGUCAAGUGCGCCUUGAUUAUCUGCUCGGUCCACUCCUCUUCCCACAGCCUCUCCAGCGACAACAUCUUCUUGCGAUGAUGUCAGGGACAUUCGAGGCCCUUGUAGAAGACUGUUUCGCUGUCGAUGAAGUGGUUGGGCUUCCUCCCGCCACCUUGACAAGUUACUCCGUAACAGAUCCCACUGAAGCGGUCGACAUAGUUGCAGCAGAUGCGCUGUUGUGGGGGUUUGUGGAACGAUGGUUUGAUCCUGCAGGGCCGUCCUUCAGCUUGGCAGCCUUUGGUUUUGUGGCACAGCCAGCGGGUGUUCGUGUAGUAUGUGCACAUAAUUCGUUCAGUACGACGAUGGAUGGAUGCCGAAGGUGUGUGGAUACUGGGGAGAGGGGGCGGCAACAUUCAAGCUUGAGCUGGCGGAGGUUGCGGAGGGUGGCGGAACUCAAAAUCGACACCAU